AUUUUCCAGUUACCGUCGGACCUACUCGAACUGUCUAGCUGCGCGACAUCGUCUUCUCUGUCGGAACCAUUUAUAGAGAAUCCGCCAUCCCGGUCUAGAGGCGCUGCACUUAUCGAAGACAGUGACAGCUCGAACUUCACAACAUCAACCAUGACAUCUCCCAGGCGGCCGCUACGGAGGCCACGGAGCCUGUCGCAUCUUAUUCUCUUGGCCCCGACCGCCUCGGCCUUGUCGCUUGCGAAUUUCCAACUCAUCACCUCAAACGACGUACCGAGCACCUGCAUUCUGGUGUACGACAGUCAGAUACCAGAUUGUAAGGCGAGCGACUUUACGAAUGGCAACCUAUGCUCUGCGGACUGUGUGAAUGGACUGGCCAAGACGUCGUCAUUUAUCAACCUUUUUUGCAGUGGCGUCAAUGUCAACUCGAAAUCAUUAUUAGGCUUGACUUUGAGGGGGAAACUCAUUGACACGCUAUGCCCGAGUGCUCAAUCCACGACGUUGACAGUGACCGUGCAACCGUCAACAACCCAGGGCUUUACCACUCCAAUCCAGACACCACCAGUAACAUCGACAACCUUGAUCUCAAGUACAACGACCGCGGUAAUACAGCCGACAACGAGUAUUCCCUCACCUCCGGCAACGACCGUAGCAUCAGUUCCUGCCACAACACAAACCAGUGCUCCUGAGCAAACGACAGACCGGACCACGGAGUCAACAACACAGAAAACAACAGAACAAACAACAGCACAGACAACAGUACAGACAACAGCACAAACGACGAAAGUCACCAGUGCCGUAACCAGUGCCGUAACCAGUACUGUUGCAAGCUCUCAUAGCAGUGCACAGUCGCCCACUACACAAUCGGAAGCUUCGUCUACCACGACGUUGGCAACUGAAGUAACGGGAGGUGGCAGCCCAUUUGAUGCCGUCCCGGCAAUGGGGAUAAGGGCAGUGUCGAUUGGGGCCACCAAGGCCAUACUAGCAGCGAUGGGCCUUGGCAUAAUACUUCUGCGAUAACAAAACGGGAGAGGUGCCUACCAUGCCACAAAGGAAAUGUACUAUUAUUAAUGUCUAUAUCAAGAGGUACUCUGGAUUCCUUCGGUCGGAGUCCACACAGAGCUGGGGUUGACGGCAUCUGGGGAAAACAACUAUCGCAAAUAUCGUCAAUAGACGGACAUAGCUAACACGCGGACAGACCCUGCAAGAGAUUUGCAAGAGCGUGUUUUGGAUUCAUGUUGGAACAUUGCAACGAAAUUAUGUCUGUAAUACUACAAAGUAGAUAAAUAAGAGCUCCGCUCAGCAGUGAUGUGCUGUUGUGGUGGACUUGAAAGCAAUGAUGACUGUAUAACACAAUUUUGGCGUAUCACGUUCAAGAUCAAGCUUAUACGUUAUUGACAAUACGAUCAAUUCUGAGCUCGUCCGUCACUUGUUCAACCUCGGCAUUAAUAACCUAUCCCAUUCCACAAGAAUGGACAUCUUGGGCAAUUGAAAGAGCUAUU